AUGCAGCGCCUAUACGCGCACAUGCAUGGCAGCAAGGUCGCUCACUACUUAAUCAACCCGGACCCGGCUGUGCCCUCCGUGCCCUACCUCGCCAACAUUGACAUUCGGGACACGGUGACACAAUUUCAGCAUGUUCACAACCCAACCCCGUACCUGCCCCCUCGGCCCUCUGUUUCCCUCCCCCUUUACCUCAAACCACUAGGCAGUGGAAAGACCACGCUAAUGCAGCGCCUCUACGCGCACAUGCACGGCAGCAGCGUCGCUCACUACCUCAUCAACCUCGACCCGGCUGUGCCCUCCGUGCCUUACCUCGCCAACAUUGACAUUCGCGACACGGUGAACUACAAGAACGUCAUGAAGGAGUAUGGGCUCGGGCCGAAUGGAGCUAUCUUAACUUCGCUCAACCUGUUUACGACCAAGAUUGAUGAGGUGAUCAAACUGGUGGAGCGUCGAGCCGACUCACUCGACUACGUUUUCAUCGACACUCCCGGGCAGAUCGAAAUUUUCACCUGGUCAGCCUCCGGUGCAAUCAUCACGGAAGCCUUCGCCUCCACGUUCCCCACAGCCGUUUGUUUUGUAGUGGACACGCCCCGGGCGGCGAAUCCUGGCACCUUUAUAAGCAGCAUGCUUUACGCGUGUGGGAUUUUGUACAAGACGCGGUUACCGCUGCUGCUGGCAUUUAACAAGACCGAUGUGGCACGGCACGACUUUGCCGUUGAGUGGAUGCGUGACUUUGAAGCCUUUCAAGCAGCAGUGGAUCGAGAUCCUUCCUACGCGGCCUCUCUCUCUCGCUCCCUCUGCCUUGCCUUGGAGGUGUUUUACUCCAACCUUCACGCUGUUGGAGUCUCGGCUGUUACAGGAGGGGGGAUCAAUGAGUUUUUCACCGCUAUCGAGGCGGCCAGAAAGGAGUACAUGGAAGGCUACAGGGCUGACUUGGAGAAGAUGAGAGCAGAGACGGAGAAGAAAGAAGCGGAGAGACAAAGUGCGGAGAUGGCCCGAUUUCGUGCGGACUCUGCGGGAGAGAAGGAUGCUUUGGCCAGACGAACUGGGAAGAUGAAAUUGGAUGACGAUGGGGAGGGGAUAGAGGAGGAUGAGGAUUUGAUUGAUGAGGAAAUGGAGGAGGAUAUGGAAGAUGAGGACGAUGAUUUCACAUGUACUAAUAAAGAUCCUCCAAGUGCGACUAGUAACGCGGACGUCGCGUUUGAAGGUCUGGUUUCUCGUGUACACCACCACCAUCCAUGCCGCCAUUAUUUCCGCCUCAUCCUCGCCGUUCAUCGGGAGAUCGCCAUUCCCCGCAUCGCGAAUUCAGGCCACCAACCCACCACCCGCCGCAUCUCCCCUUUCCUGGCUCAGUCUUCUCGCCAGCACCAUCCCGUACCGCGCAUCCCGCCGUUCCGCGCAUCCCGCCGUUCCGCGCAUCCCGCCUUCCCGCGCAUCCCGCCGUUCCGCGCAUCCCGCCGUUCCGCGCAUCCCGCCUUCCCGCGCAUCCCGCCUUCCCGUGCGUCCCUUCUUGCUGACUGCCUUCCGCCUCGUCCCGCUUUUCCCGCCGCGCGACCCCCCACUUUAAGCUCCAGCGCUGUCACCUGCACUCCCAUUCCUUCGUCUGCCCCUUCAUCUGCCCUUUCAUCUGCCCUUUCUGCCCGGAGAUUCUUCGGCAGCAAGAUCAAAGUGAAACCCUACUCGUCACUCAAGCGCCGGUUCAAGCUGCUAGCCAAUGGCGAGUACAAGCGUUGGCGAGCAGGCAAGAGGCAUAACGCGAGCACCAAGACUAAGAAGCAGAGGAGACAGCUGCGGCAGCCAUCAGUAGUGCCUCCAGGGCUAAAACAGCCCAUGCGGUACCUGGGUUUUAAGAGGAGGCGGGGAGGAGAGCGCGAGAGGAGAGCAGCGCGAGGAGGAGAGCGCGAGGAGGAGAGCGCGAGGAGGAGAGCGCGAGGAGGAGAGCGCGAGGAGGAGAGCGCGAGGAGGAGAGCGCGAGGAGGAGAGCGCGAGGAGGAGAGCGCGAGGAGAGAGCGCGAGGAGGAGAGCGCGAGGAGGAGAGCGCGAGGAGGAGAGCGCGAGGAGGAGCGCGCGAGGAGGAGAGCGCGAGGAGGAGAGCGGGAGGAGCGAGGAGGAGAGCGCGAGGAGGAGAGCGCGAGGAGGAGAGCGCGAGAGGAGAGAGCGCGAGGAGGAGAGCGCGAGGAGGAGAGCGCGAGGAGGAGCGCGCGAGGAGGAGAGCGCGAGGAGGAGAGCGCGAGGGAGAGCGCGAGGAGGAGAGCGCGAGGAGGAGAGCGCGAGGAGGAGAGCGCGAGGAGGAGAGCGCGAGGAGGAGAGCGCGAGGAGGAGAGCGCGAGGGGAGAGGCGAGGAGGAGAGCGCGAGGAGGAGAGCGCGAGGAGGAGAGCGCGAGGAGGAGAGCGCGAGGAGGAGAGCGCGAGCGAGGAGGAGAGCGCGAGGAGGAGAGCGCGAGGAGGAGAGCGCGAGGAGGAGAGCCUCCUUUGCUUCGGCCUUGCUGGUUGCCUGGGAGAGAGGGGCGGAGCGGAUUGGAUCGGGGGAUGGGCGACAAAGGGGAACAGAUAGGCAAAUGCACUCCAUCUAAGCAAGAUAAGACGACAAUAUCCUCGCUUCAAGCCAGCACGGGAGUUACCCGUGCUGCAUCCGCGUUUAGCGUCGCACCGAUAUCGUCGUCCGCUCACAGCAGCUCUCGCCUCCUCUCAUCGCCCAGGAAUCAGUACUUCCGCGAUGGUCGGGUUACCAAAAGGCAGUCCCACUUUUCGCGAAUCUCCAAGGAGUUUCUUAGCGGAUCAUACCCGGGUGGCGAUUUGAACCCGCUUAAUUUAUGCCAAGCGAGAGAGCGCGGCGAGAGAAGCUUGAGCGUACGUGGGAUCAGGAGCCAAACUGUCAUGGCGUCGAUUAGCGCAGACUCAGAAGCCUCCACGACGAUCGUGUGGUUCAAGCACGACCUGAGGGUCAACGACCAUCCAGCUCUGCACGCCCUCUCUGCUGCUGCUGAAACGACUGAAUCCGCACGACUAGCGUCAGCAACAACAAGCUAUGCAAUUCCGCUCUUCGUUCUUGAUCCGAAUCUCCUGUCAGCCCUCCCAGGCAGCCAGCUUCCUCUGCUCCUCUCAUCCGUCGCCUCCCUGCGUUCCUCUCUCCGCUCCCUGGGUUCUGACCUUGUCAUUGCUCGAGGGGACUCCACGGCUGCCAUCGCCACACUGUGCAAGCAGGUUCCCUCUGUCCGCAAUGUAGCAGCAGAAGAGGAGGUGGAAACCUGCUGGAAGCUUCCGCUGGAGCAGGUCCGGUCAGCAUUGCUAGCACCAGGGCAACAGAAGCAACGGGAAGCGGAGGAGGAGAGGAGGGUCUCUGUGGAGACGUGGCGAGCUGCACUGCACGACUGCCAGGAACCCCUAGCACUUGAGUUCACCACCUUCAAGCAGCAGCGGGGUCAACCUUGCCCUCCUCUGCCUCCCCCCUCUGCGCUUCCCCCCCUCCCUGCUGGCAUUGAGUCUGGAGCCUUGCCUUCACUAGAGGAGCUCUUUUCACUGGCAGGAAAACAAAUGGUCGGAACAAACAUUCAAGAAGCAUCUUCACAAAUUCUACAAGUAGAAGGAGAGGCAUCAGCGCUCUCUCUCUUAUCUCAGUACCUCCAGGCAGAUUUGAAAGGGGGAAGGAGGGGAGCAGGAGAAGCCGGUCUCACAGGUGGUAACUCUGUAACUGCAAGUAAACCAUUGAGUGAGGUGGUUCUAGAGCUAGAGGUGGUUCCCCGGGCGUCGUUCCACGCGCUCUUUGCUCCCGCGCUCUCCCUCGGGCUGCUCUCUCAUCGCUAUGUGCAUGAUGCCGCUCGCCGCAGUGGUGGUGACAGGGGCUCGACUGCAGCGGCUGCAAUCGACACUGUGGAGGCUAGAGAGUGGCACACAGAGAUGGCUCUUCGGCCCCACACAGCCAUGCCUCCUCCUCCCACCCCCUUCUCCUCUUCUUCUUCCUCCUCCUCUUCUGAUACCGACACCUCCUUCACCACCUCAUCUGAUUAUUCUUCCAGCGAGCUCUCAGAUUCCGACUUCUCCUAUUCAUCCCUCUCCUCAUCAACCUCAUCCGCCUCCUCCUCCUCAUCUGCAUCGGAGUCAGAGGGUGAAAGCAGCAACACCUUUCUAUCAUUCCCGGCCUCUGACGAGUUUGAGCCCACGGUUGGCCACUGGAGGUGGAGGGGUGCGCUUAUUCAGUAUGGCACAGCAGGCACAGAAGGACCAGCUAUUCUCUUUGUUCACGGCUUUGGAGCGUUCUGGCAGCACUUUCGCGACGUCAUGCGGCCACUUGCAGCCUCCGGGCACCGCGUUUGGGCGCUCACGCUGCCCGGGUUUGGCCGGGCAGAAAAACCUUUUUGGUCGUACACACAGUACGUGUGGCGCGACUGCGUGGCGGAUUUUAUCCGCGAGGUGGUCGGCGAGCCGGUGGUUCUGGGCGGCAACUCCAUUGGAGGCUACACCGUUUCUUCAGUUGCCGCCCAGUGGCCCGACUUGGUCUCCUCCCUUGUCUUAUUCAACUCCGCCGGCCGCAUCGACCCAGAAAUCCCCGUCCCCACCACCUCCUCUUCCUCAGAUUCCUCUGAUUCCUCCACCUCCUCCAAUUCCUCUGAUUCCUCCUCCUCCUCCUCCUCUUCCUCCCCCUCUCCGCCUCCUGACGGCCCUUUAUCCAAGGGCCCUCCCAAGCCGGUUGCAUGGCUUCUCUCUCGUGCUCUCUUCCUCUAUCUGAGGUUCAACACCGGCCCCAUUCUCAAACGCUGCUACCCUGUGAGGCCUGAACGAGCGGAUGACUGGCUACUUGGCGAGAUUUCCCGAGCAGCCACGGACCCGGGGGCGGUGGAGGUGGUGGAGAGUGCCUUCUACCUGCCCAAGCCGGAGCCCCUCAACAGCCUGCUCAUCCGAUACAGCGGGCCGGUGCUGGUGCUGCAGGGUAGUCUCGACCCUCUCAACGAUGCAGUCGCAAGGGCCAACCUCAUCACUGCCACUUGUCCUGGAGUCGCCUUGAAGCUCCUCAAAGCAGGGCAUUGCCCCCAUGACGAGGUGCCAGAACAGGUGGCAUAUCACAUGGACCAAUGGGCUCGCGCCACGUGGUGCUCUGUGGGCGAGGAGGAGGGCGACGGGCCGAUGGGAGUGCGGCGAGCUGCAGCAGCAGCCAGAUCUCCUGCUGAUGCUUUGGAGAUUUUAGAAGAGGAAGCAGCUGUGGGGGUGUUUGGGGGGAUGGUGGGCGGUGGGAAGGGGACUGGAAAGAAGGCUAGGCGAUUAAAGCGCGCUCUAGUAACAUGCGACGCGGCUCCGGGAAACGCGCCUGGAGGAGAGAACGGCGCGGCGAAGGCGAACGGCGGGUCUACAGAUGGGUCAGAGGAGAUUAAGGAUGUCAGAAAAGGCGGCGCGAAGGAGAAUGCGGCGGUAGCGAACGGUCGGGAGAGUCGCCAGGAGAAGCGGGAAGAUCAGGUCUGGGGGCGGCGUCGUUUGUCGGAUCUGGAGCGGGAGAUUCUCGGGGUACAACGGGGAGACGGGGUUCCCGCCUCCCCCAAGGGGGAAACUUCCGCGCCCCCUCCUCCUUCCGCGCGCCCGCAGCUUCGCAGAAGGGACCCUAAUUCCAACCAGAAGUCGAUUCUGGAUGAACUGGAUGAGCAGGGGUUUGGGCAGCUCAGCGGUGGUGUGGAGGAGUGGGAAGCGGUGAAGUCCGCUAAGAGAGUAGGCGAGUGGUUGGAGGAGAAGACGAUCAAGAAGGAAGGGGAGGAUGAAAUGGCAGGUCCCCCGCUUGGGUUCAGCCUCGUGCUGCUUCUGGGAAUCUUCCCUGUCUGGCUUUUCCUGGUGCUAGUGGCAGGGGGAUGGGUGGAGCUGCCCCCGCAAUUAUCCUCGUUACAGGAUUUCCUCACUACCCCCUAA